AUGACUACUCACCUUUCCUCAUCAACUCCGGUCAAGAGACAUCCACCACAAGCAUCUACUCUAACUUCUCUCUCGUACUCAUCUCCAGACAUGCACUUCUCUUCCCUCUUGACUCUUCUUGCCAUUGUCGCUGCCACUUCUGCGGGUACCAUCGAUAAGCGAAAGAACGUCGACCGACCCGACCCAGCCAACCUUGACCACUGUCCCGGCCACGCAACUGGUGACGCCGACAAAUGCACAUUCGAGUCGCAAUCCCAGGGUCCUGACUCUGUUCUCACCACCAUAGUCGGUGAUCCGGUCGACAACUGCCAAGGCGGAACCAACGACCUGAAAACAACCAUUGGAGGUGACAAGACUGUCUCCCAGUCUUGGAAGUGGGGCGUGAGCGAAGGGUUCUCUGCGGAUGGCGGAGAAGAGCUUCCGAUCGGUGCAUCGUUCGAGAACUCCGAUACUUGGACUAGCACGGAGGCGAAGACGUUCAGGCAGAACGUCCAAGUCACUAUCAGACCUGGACAAAAGGCUGCUCUGGUUGCCAAAGUUACGGCGAAGACCUACCUCGGUCGUGUUCGUGUCAAUUAUGGUGACCCGACUGGAGAAGCUGGCAAGAACGACUACCACUACAUUUGGUACAACAACGGUGUUGGGAGCAUUCAACCUACCGACCAAGUUGUGUAUGACCAAAAGAUCGUCAACUGCGACCAAGAUAUUUAA